UUCCCCUUUUUUCACUUUUCUACAACUUCUCUUUUCUGAUUUCAUCACACUGUUAUAUGCCACAUUUAUAUAAAUCUUCAGAUAGCUCUAUUGUACUUGUCAGUUUGCUCAUCCUGGGGAUGAUGAUGAUUUUGAUAUUAAUGUUUGCCCAAAUGUAUUCAAAAUGUAAUUUUCAAAAACAGUUAUCUCUCACAUGUGUAAGUUUUAUGAUUGCAUUCUAACAUUGCAUGUACCUGUUGUGCAAUAUUCCCUAACUGGAUGCGAUGUACUUUUUCUUUUCCUGUCUCUCUCUCCCCCUUUUUUCUCCUUUUUAUCUCUUUCCCUGUCUUUUUGCUCUCUUGCUUUUUUCUCCUUUUCUAUAGUUUUCCUUUCAUCAAUGCAUCAAACUCCCACUUGCUUCAUUCACUUUGGACAGCGUUGUAUUGUAAAUCAGUAUUGCAAAUCAUCAAUGUUAUAUUUUUGUAUUUCUCCAUUUCAUAUACUUGGUGUCUGACUAGUAUUCAUUAUUGAUGCUUACCUUUUUUUUUCUAUGUAUAUCGGAAAAGCGGCGCCUAUAGUCUCACUCUGCUAUGCACGUGAGACAAAAAUGAUAUAUUCAGUGAGAACAAGACCUUAAAGUUAUUCCUGUACAAUCAGGACGCAUUUCAAGACUUUUCUAGACUAAUAUUAUCUUUUAAAUGAUGCUUGAAAAGAUGCGAUAUAGACUCUGUAAUGACACGCAAGCAUAUAGUGCAAUCGUAUUGAAGUCAAUAAAUUUACGCAAUCUCACUCCUUCGCCACACCUCCUUGUGGAAUGGAUUUCCAUUGGUUGAGUGAUAUGAGAAAGCUAUAAAAGCGUGUUUCUAAUUGGAUAUUGAAUAAAAAAUAGGUGUGUCUUACAGAGAUAAAAUGAAGAUAAAAUUGUUAUCAGAAUACCAACUCCAAGAGAUUUUAAGGGUAUUUUAUCUCACUGAUUUUAAUGGAGAUAAAAUGGAUCUCAGAAUACCACCCCACGAACUCACUUUUAAGUUCUAUGACACUUAAGUUAAUAUGUAUAUAGGACUUGUUAUAUGUCAUGGCAGUCAAUGCAUAGAUAUAUGCAGUGUAGUAUGUACAGUACAUUGUAUACCAUACAGCCCCUAUGGACAAAUGACUUUUUCUUCUAUUUGAUAUUAUUAAUAUCAUAUAUUUCACAGAAGAGACAUCAACAAAACCAGAGGAGUAUGUAGUCCAAUUUGAGCCCUUCAUGCGGCAUUGUCUGGGGCUACAAGAGUCUACAUCUCUGCAGCAUUUUGGCUACUUGCAGAAAUUAACAUCAAUGACUGGGGAUUUAAAACAAUUACUAAUCAACGGAAGAUUACUUUUAGAGUGAGUAUCAAAGGAAGACCAUCGUUAUCAAGGUUUCCAUGGUAGUUGCCAUGAUGGCAAAGUUACAACAGUAGCAACUCUUUAUGAAAUGGCAUGGGGCGGCGCAUAUUAUCCUAGACAAUUACGGGCAGAGUCUUCUCAAGGCGUAUAUGGAGUUCCGGUGCUUUACACCGGCGUUUGGUCAGAGGAAAAGGGGGACAGAGAACCAUUCUUCAUGGAGAAAAAUAGGCCGCCUCUUUCAAACCCUGGAUAAACUAUGUCCAGGCUAUGGCAGUCACAGAAACUACCAGGCCGAUUUCUGCCCACAAGUGUCAGGAAAACGGCCGCAACAUACGUAAGAAUGACCCCCAUAUAAUUUAACAGUUAAACUUGUGUUAGUGUCUACCUGUCUAUAGUAGACACCUGCCUUGAUAUUGACAAUUAUAAGACAGGUUCAAGGAUGUAGCCAAUGGUGAGUGCGUAUUCAGGUCACGUGUUUAUGCUUUAAUUACGAGCAACCUUCCAGCCGUGCAUUUUUUGUGCAGCACUGAGCAUUUAUUGUGCAGCAUUUUACUUUUGUGUACAAACUGAAUACAAUUUUUUUUAACCGUCUGCACGUUUUAUCCCCGGGAAUGAAAGAGCUUAUACACGUUUUGGGGCUAAGGCAAAAUUACCGAUGCGGAGAGCGUGGCGCGGCAGCGAGGGAGCGUACUGAAAUACACGCAGCCGUGCGAGUGAUAACGGCAGACGAUCAUGCGCAGACCUUAACCGAGCAUAAUUAUGCAAUACACCCAUAAAUUCACCUACGGAGCCUAGCGCUAGCCUGGCCUUGUUGUUUACAUGAGACCUGGGACAAGAAAAAUGGCUGCCUCCAUGGAAAGAGCUGACCCGCAAUUCCAACUUCUUUCGGAGCAAGAAAUUGAGGAACUGAUCAAUGGAAGGACUUCAGAAAGCACCAAAAGAACAAUUAAGUUCGGCGUCGUACGACUGAAGAACUUUGCUGACUACACUAACACAAACUUGGAUGAAAUUUCAGUGGAAUGUUUGGACGGUUUCUUGUCGAGAUUCUAUCCUUCGAUACGCAAAGGAGAUGGCUCGCAAUUUUCCAAAAGAUCUAUCCAAGCUAUCCGAUACGCUGUGCAACGGCACUUUUUGGAAGAGCGUGAAUUUGAUAUUUGUGACAAUGCCAAAUUCCCAAGGAGCAACAAGGUCUUCAAAGCAGUACUGGUCAAGCUAAAGAAGGAGGGAAAAAGUAAUGUAAAACACAAGCCAAUAAUUUCUGCUACUGAUAUGGAGAGAAUCCAAACAUCGGAUCAGUUGGAUUGUUCUACUCUCGGUCUGCAAAACAAGGUCUUUAUCGACCUAAUGACCUACUUUUGCAACAGAGGUCGUGAGAACCUUCGGUCGAUGAAGCCAUCUGAUUUCACCGUUGAAUUUGAUGAAAAUGUACGACGAUUUGUGUCAAAGCGUGAUGACCUCACUAAGAAUAAUAGGGAGGAUGUAGAGGAGGGUUCGAAUUCUGGUGUUAUGUAUGAGAUUCCUGAAUCAGAGAGCUGCCCAGUAAGAUCCUUUGUGUUAUACAUCUCUAAACUUGAUUCAAGAUGUCCAUUUCUUUGGCAAAGACCAAAAGAAAAAGCCCCAGAAAAGGAAGGACCAUGGUACAGUAAUUCUGCAGUAGGAGUUAACAUUCUAUCUAACAAGAUGAAAGAGAUCUCAAGGAAAGCACACUGUAGCAAGCUGUACGCAAAUCAUUGUAUCCGUGCGACAUGCAUUACUUCUCUUGAUACCGCUGGCUUCCAGUCCCGGGAUAUAAUGUCCGUAAGCGGACAUCGAAGUGAGAGUUCACUGAAACAUUACAGUAGAAAAAGUGAAUCCCGCAAAUGUGAGAUGUCGAAGCAGUUGUCAGAGAAUCUGUACCAUCGUGACAAUGCAUCCCACGCUUCAAGUUCAACCUCCAAACCUUCGCAGUCUGAUCCCAAAUGUGCUAGAUCUGGACCGCAGUAAAAGAAAAAACGUACUGAUGAUUGUGAUAGAUCCAGUACUAAUAUGCCUAGAUCUACAACCAGAGCUACAUGCAAAUCUAUUACUAAUAAUACCAGUAGACCUAGAUCUAGUACACCUAGCGAAGAUUCACAAUGGAGCCAAGAGAUAUGUGAAAUUCGAUAUCAGCGAGUGUCCAUUCAAACUCAAUGCCAGAGACAGAGUUCACCUCAAAUCGUCAGUGAAAGUGAAACUACUGGUAGUGGUACAUCUACCGGUGGUAAUCAGUUCGAUUUCACGAACUGCGAGGUGCACAUUUAUACCAAAUAAACUUUUCUCGAUGACGAUGUACAUAACUGUAAAUGCGUUCUCUUCAAAGUUCCGGUUUAUAGUGUUCUAC